AUAUAAACAUAGGCUAAAAUUCUGGAGCCUAUCUCCCUCGCCACUUUCUUCAACAUUUGCGCAUUCUCUACCGGUUUACCUUCCGGCAAUUCGUGAAGCAGCAGUUGGGUCAUCGUCGGAUGAUACUUGUGUUGGGGCUGACGAUAGUAGAUUUGAGUGAUCUGUGAGCGUAGCAGAAUGUCGGCUCGGUUGAUGAAAAAGGUUCUGAAAGAAAAAGAAGCAGCUCUGCAACAACAUCAGCAGCUCAAUAGUGACGAUGAUGCAGAAUCCCUCAACUCUUCCUCCCCUAACCGAAAUCCAUUUGAUCUUCUUGAGGAUGAAGACAACAAUAGCAGCGGUGACCACUCCUCGCACCACCACUCUGACCAGGAAAAAAUUAAAAUUUCUGGUGAGGCUUCAGAUCGAGGUACUAGCAAGCAGUCUGCCAUUGCUGUUAACUCAGUUCCGAUGCCAAAUGUUAAAGCAAAGAAAAAGAAAAAGAAGAAGAAAAUCAUGGAAGAUUUAUCUCCCAGAACUGAAAAUGAAGUAAUAUCUUCUCAACUGAUGUUAGAGGGCUUAACUUUGGGAGCUAGCUCUUCCGGUCACCAAAAGAUUGCUCCUUAUCCUGCUACAUCACAGUUCGUAAACAAAGAUAGUGAUAACAGAACGCCGAAGAAGCAUUGCAAUUCCUCCAUAUUACAAGUUUAUCUCAAAUUUCUUAGUGCGGAGAAUGAGCUGCGAAGGAUAUUCGGUUCCAGAGUGGUAAAAUCACAUGAAAGAAGCCAGUUAUCUGUAAAUUCUAGGCUAAUACGUGGUGGUCGGCGAGAUAACCAUAAUAAAAAGACUGUCCUUGUUUCUGCCUCUCAGCAUUGGCCUUGUUGGGAUAGAUCAUUUUGCAUAACUUUAAUGUUAUUUAGAUACAUACACUCAUCAUCAUAUGCCCAAGCUCAGAGAGCUUUUGAAGCAGCCAAGGCGAUACAUGAUCUUAAUGGUAUUGCAAGCAUUCUGUUGAACCAUCCUUAUCAUAUAGACUCCCUGAUAACGUUGGCAGACUAUUUCAAAUUCACGGGUGAACACCAAAUGUCAGCUGAUGCUAUUGCCAAGUGUCUGUACGCGAUGGAAUGUGCAUGGCAUCCACUGUUUGCUCCAUCGCCGAACUGUCAAUUAAAGUAUAUCCAUGAUUCGAACAAGCCAUUCUUCUCAUCACUUUUUACUCACAUGAGAAACAUGGACAGGCGUGGUUGCCAUAGAUCUGCCCUUGAAAUAUGUAAGUUCUUGCUUUCUUUAGAUUCAGAUGAUCCAAUGGGUGCUAUGCUCUCUAUUGACUACUAUGCUUUGAGAGCAGAGGAAUAUGCUUGGUUAGAACAGUUUGCGGAAGAAUAUAGGUCUGACAAUUCCCUGUGGCUAUUUCCCAACUUCUCUUAUUCCCUUGCGAUUAGCCGAUUUUACCUUGAAAAACGUGAACUUUUAGACAAUAGAGAAAUGGCUAUCAGAAAAGCUGCUUCAUGCCAUCUCAUGAAGCAGGCUUUGAUGCUUCACCCAUCAGUACUGAAAAAACUGGUGGUGAAGGUACCUCUAAAAGAUCGGAUAUGGACCACUCUACUGGAGAAUAGUUUCUUUCAAUCUGAGCAAACAGGGAGUCCAUCUCUGGAUCACUUGAUUGCGAUUUAUGUUGAGAGGAGUUACAUAAUUUGGAGGCUGCCUGAUCUGCAUAAGUUCUUAAGUGAUUCGGCACUUUCGGUGAUUGAGAUGCUGAAAGAGAAAGGAAGUCAUGUGAAGGACUGGGCUUGUGUCAGAAAAGAAGCUUUUCCAUCAGAGAAAAAUGAGUACGGACAUUUGUUGGUAUCAGAUUUCUCUGAUUCCAUGCCGACAAUGCCACCUGAUAACUUGCAAGACUUUAUGGUUGACCAAAUGGGUGAGAUUGAGAACCGUGAACAGUUCCAUAACAUUCCAGAAAACCAUACGCCUCGUGACCUUACAAAUCGAAAUGCCCUUGCUGUUCUACUUGAGUCUAUGUUACCGUGGAUCAAUUAUGGCACCGGAGAUGGUGAACACGUCCAGCAUGAUCUCCCCGAGCAAGUCAAUGAAGAAUAGACUUAAGAGUUCAGAUAACUUCUUUCGAAGAUGAAAUUAAAAGAAGAGUUUUCUUAGGGAAGCUGAGGUCUGUAUCUUGAAUGGAAGUUUGCUUGAACAUAAAAUGCAGUAAUAUCUUUUGAGCGUGAUAAUUGGAUGUGGAAGAGCUCAUUGGAUUUCAAGCUGACAGGAUGAAGUUUUCAAUUUUGGUUAAUUAUAUCUGCUUGCCCGGUCAUCGUAUUAAGUACAGGUACCAUGUAUUUACUGCCUGCGAGAGAUCAUGCAGUUCGAAUCUGAAUGGAUCCUUAUGUCUAUGGUCACAUGUUUGAGUCAUUUUUGGGCUUUUCCAGAAAAGCUGAAACUUUGAUCUGAUGUUCUUUUUCUUUUUCAAGUUAAAAUUUCUUGUACAUUAGUCAAACAUAUUUUUAUUAAAAAUAUUACUAGAAAUAA